AUGGUCAUAGAGGGCAAUCUGGUGUCCGGAGGUGCUUCGAAGCUUGUGGCCCUGAGCGUCGAGGUGGUCAAGGGAUACACCAAGGCGACGGUGUUGAUGUUUAUCCUCUUGAUGGCUGCAACAAUGAACGUGGCGGACGACACAGACUGGUCCCGUCUGGAACCGCUCUUCCCUAUCCUGGACAAGUUGUGGAUGCUGCCCCUACAUAUCAGCGUGAACUUGACCCAGGAAUGCAUUUCGUAUGCCAAUUUGGCCUUGAGUUAUCGUGGGUCGGAGAGACAGCCUCCAUCUGUGGUGUCGUUGGCACUCCGGUUCGGAGCAAUCAUGGCCCAGCAGGAGAAGUCUCUUCCCGCAAGCUGGGGAGUGUCCAAGCGACUGGACCACGUGAUCGAAGGGUUUCACAACCAUCCAGGAUGCCUGCAAAAAUGGCAUGUCGAUGAAGAGCGCAAGAAGGCUCUUCAGAACUUCCUGACAGGCACGUGCGAGGCCGCGCGGGCCGUGCUGCAGAGCCACCUCCACAGCUGCAAAUGGGCCCAGUGUGCCUUCACGAGUCUUUUGCUCAAGUCUUCCAGAUGGCUCCUUGGGGCUAGCAACAAAUCGGGAUGGAGAAAGGACAUUCUCACCAUGGACGAGGCGAAGCAGACCUUGUUUGUGGAGGUCCAUGUGCGUAUGUUCAUGGAAAAAAGCAGAAAGCUGCGGGCUAGUGCCAAGAGCAAGGCCAGAGCUUCCUUGCAAGAGUGGGACCAGCUGGCAGAUUUCUGCUGCAUCAUGGUGGAAGCCGCUGAAGAAGCAAAGAAGCUUGGGAAGUUGGAGGCUGAGGCGGCCAUCUAUGCAGCUGCUCGCAACAGGGACUACCUCCCGGACAUCCUCAGCGCCGUGGAGGGCCAGGUUGCCAAUUGGAAGUUGCAGCACUUGACCCUGUGGUCGGACAUCGUAGACCCCAAGGAAGUGGCCGUUGAUGAAGAAUUCGACAUCGUGGCAGUGGAAGAAGCAGCCAUCCUUGCCAAGUGGCAGGAGUUGCGUGCCCACAUCGCGAAAGACGAAGCAGAGUGGGCACGAUUCCACCGGGAGAAGAACAACACAGAGGCAAGAGAGCACAUUGCGGCAGUGACCCACCUCAAGGCUCAGAACGUCGUGGGGAAGGGCGUUGCUGAGGAGUUUAUGAAGAAGAGGUGCUUUUGCCGCCUGCUGUCGGACAUCAGUGCAAUGACGGACUGGGAAUCCUUCCUCACCACGGCCUUGAAGGAGUUGAAGGCCACACUGUCAUGUUGCCCAUUUUCCCACUGA